AUGGAGGAAAAGAGACUGCAGAAGCUGUAUGGCACGAAGAAGCGCAGUGGUGGAAAACCGAGAAAAAGAAAGAACAAGAGUUCAUCUUCUCGACCUUUGAAGAAGCCGCGCCAGCUUGGAGCAGCUGCUGCUGCACCUGACGAUGCUGAAGCUGCUGAUGGUGCCGACAAUGCCGCUGCAGCCGAGGACAGUGAAGGAACUGAUUCCCAGGCUUCUUCGGAGGCCGAGGCAUUGUCCGAUGAUGAUGCUCCAGUCGCUCCAUGGAUUCUCAGACAGAUUGAUGUGGUAGAGGCUGCCAAGGCUGCCAAAGCCAAGGCCAAGCCAAAGAGUUUGGCCCAGAAGAUCAGCAAAUGGCUGCCGAAGCGUGGGCCCAGAUUUGGUGGCGACACUGGAGGGGGAGAUGGGCCUGCAGGGCCAGCUGCAUCAGCAGAACCGGCAUCGUCGUCGACCGACCCCAUGCCAGCUCGUGCAAAUCCUCCUCCAGCCGAAUCUGCAGAAGAUGGCGAUGAAGCCCUCCAAGUGGCAACUUCUGGCAGGAAGCGGUCCUACCUCGAGCAAACGUGUGAUAUUGAUGGUUUUGGUUCCAUUCACUUCUAUCCACCAGCCCAAAACUUUGUUGCUUUCUGCCGCCAAAAAGGCCAUGAAGACUGCAGAAAAUCCAGGACAUGCAAGCCAUCAACUUUACCUGCCCGUGCAGGGCAGGGCAGACCUCUUGGACUGCUGGCUCAGUGGCUUUUCUGCGGCAAGGACCAUUCCACUCGAGAGGCUCACCAAGCUCCUAAGCUGUUGUCAUCCUUUACACAAGCUGAACGAUUGUCGGCCCGGCAACGCUUCUUGAAGCUCCCUGGUGCAGAGGCGAUGGCCCGCAACGAGCGGGUGAGAAGGGAGGAUGAAGCUGAAGAGCCGGAUCGAGACAUCUACUCUGCAGAUGAUGCGACCAAGCUGAGUUGCAUCAUGCAGGCGCUUUGGGCUGCAGUGAUUGCAGUGAAUAUGAAAGUUGCCAGCUGUUUGAGCAUGCAGCAGGAGAUCUUGGAUGGCCAAAAGGAGGUGCCUCCAGCGUCUAUUCGUGAGCUUAUGAUGCAGCCUGACCAUCCACAAUAUGAGAAGAACCUGGAGAUUCUUGCAAAGCAAGGGGCGAAGAAGGAUGCCCGCACUCGUGGCGACAGCGGGGGCUUCCCUGCCUGGAAGGCACAGGCGGUUCGGUGGAGCGAAGCCAUUGGAGUUGAUGUUGCUAAGCACCGUGUUUGGACAAGUCGGCGAGACUUUGUGGGACGGGGUGUUCCACAGAAUGAGCGGGUGCAAACCAUGCUUGAUCUGGUGUGUCUCCAGAAGUGGUCUGAGCAUCCAAACCGUGGGUACCUUCGUGAUGUUGUUUGGCCUGACCUCAUGUGCAAUGUGUUCCUGGACUGGAGCCAAAAUCCAGCUCGCAGGGCUUAUUCAGGAAAGAAUGGAGAGAUGCGCUGUUUGACUACAUCCUCCCAACUCUACUCCUUUGAAGCCGACCGGGCACUCUUUCCGAUUGAGUACAUGAGGCUCCAGGGAUGGGGCUUUGACAUUGCUAUCCCUGAGCAGUGUGCAGGGAAGAUGCGAGAGCUGUCAGGGCAAGGCAUGUCGCUGCCGUGCCUCGGAGUUGUGAUUUGGGCAGUGUAUCUGCUGAAGGGAGCCCAAGAGCAAGAGGCCUCGCGUGGUGAGUGUGGCCUCGUUGCAGUGCUUGAUCUGCAAGAAGAGGUCGAGUGGGCAUCCUUCAACUCCAAGAGCCAACCGACGGGUUUGUGGUGUGGAGUGCAUUUGAAGGUGGUGAUACAGCUCUACCCCGACCAACCGCCGGAGGUUGUUGCCGUCCUUUAUCAUGAAGACUCGGAGGCUGGACGUACUUGCAAACGAGUGAUUGAUGAGGCAGCCCAAAACCUGAAGGACGGGGUUGAGUUCAGCCUGCCUGCAACUGUGAGCUCCAUGGCGAGCCAGGGAGUCCGCUUGGUGUUUGAAAUGGCCUUCUGCUCAGAAGGGGAUGUUGUCCGCCUUGCGGGGCACUCCAGCAAAUUCCUCAAGCUGCAAGAAGUCCUGCUGCAGCCCGAGCAGCGUGGGCACCCAGUGCUUGCAGGCUUUUUGUUGAGCCUCCGGGGGUUGCCGCUGGACGAGGUGUUGAGCCUCAGGCGUGUCCAGGUCUAUCGCGACACGGCUCUGGUUUUGCGCGAGGAUAACUUGCAGCCUGAAGGUAUGGUACACGAGUCCCAGCCGUCAGUGCUGUUGACGUUCCUUUCCCGCAAGCAGACCGAGAGCUACCCCAAAGAGUUUGUGGGCCACUCGACCCGCACGGUGCCUCCUACCCUCCAGCAGCUGAUCCAGCGGGGUGCUGACUUCAAGCAGCAGGCCUUUUUACAUGACAGUCUAGCAGUCUCGCAGCUUAGGCUUAGCAUUCUCGAAUCAGCUCCUUGCUUGGUUCUCUUAAGGUCCUGA